AUGCAGCUGCGACAUACUGCAGCAACUCCUGUGCCUUCUUGGAUGGUCAUGUCUUCUACUAAUAAUCCCAUCUACAGUAAUUCUACGACAAAAACUCCAAUUCAAGGAUCCAUGAUACUGAAGCCAUUGUCCUCUACUAACACUAAUCGGUCACUACUUGAACCAUUUCCUAUGAAAACUCCAUUGACGCAACCAGUCCAAGAUUCGCAUUCAUCUAUCUUGGAACAGGACAUUCUUUUAAACGAUACUUUGGAAAGCAGUUUUGAUUCAGCUCUAGUGUUGACUGACAAAGACUCGCUUGAGUCUCUGCCAUCUAAAAGUACUUUGAUAGAAUCCAACUCAGCAAUUACUGAAUUGGAUGAGCCAUGUCGGUCUGCUAGCUUGCUUCCGACUUCUAGACGUAGAGGCUCUGUGUUCUCUCCUUUAACAGAUAGUUUACCUACCACUCAUUCGCAACCAUUAAUCUUGGAUGCGUGUAACUCAUUGCAGCCAUGGAUGAAUGAAGCUACAUUCGCAAACUCGGCUGUUAGUAAGCAUGUAGAAGGCUUUGAUAUUGCGCUUUGGCUCAACAAGUAUGGCAUUAUCAAAGCCAUGAGAGGUCCACCGUCUUUCUGUAUCGGAGAUAAACAAGAGUCACCUCGAUUAGAACAAAGCGACAGGGGUGUCGAUACGAAUCGGGUCACUCUGUCAUCGUGGCAAUAUCAUUAUCUCUCCAACAAUGGUGCUGUCCUGCACAAGCCCAUCAUGGCAUUUGUUCAUAACGAUGACUUGUCCAGAUUAUUAAGGGUUUUAAAGCAAGUAUCGGAUGCCGAGUCUCUUACUCUAGCCACUGCUCGACUUGCAAUCAGAUGGUUGGUUAUUCCACGACAUGGUGAGUUGGGACCAAGUCAAAAGUCCCAACUAGACUUGAUGUCAGCAUUAUCUUGCUCACAACAUGUAGACUCAUCUCUGCCACUAUCCACAGACAGCUUCUCAAAUGAUCCAAUUCCUCAGACUAUACCCACAACUUCUAGUCACGUUGAUGUUGGAUCUACCGUCCUCUCAACUCUACAAUCAGACUGUAUGGACCAAUUGUCUGAUAUGGAGAGCACUUAUGUCUGGAUUCAAAUGGAAGCAAUCAGGAAAGAGGAUGCCACCAUCUGUUUUAUACGGUGUGAUAAUAGAACCAUGGCGACCGUCGUAUCGGAUGAAAGUUUAUUGACUGCUCCAAUAUCUCUGUCGAGAUGUAAACCUGAAACUUUAAAUAACAAACUACAUGUAUUUACGUCACACUCUUCACAUCCUGUAGCCGACGGAGUGAUUCUUGGUACAGACACUGUAACACAGCAUAUCAACUAUCCUCACCCAUCACAACACCUUGCAUGGCGACAUUCUGAUCAUCGUAAAUCAAAUCCUGUUUCUCGCAUUGUAUUUCAGUCGUUUACCUUGUUGGUCUCAACGGUGUCCAUCUUGGGUGCUUAUUUUUGUCCAAAAGGUUAUAUUAUUUCUAAAAAGUAUUUCUUGGCCCAGAUGGGUGAUGGCAGUUCCUAUCUUCAGCGGUAUUCUUCGUACGCAAAAAGACGACUAACUGCUGCUGUUGGUGUUGGAGCCAUGACUCAAAUCGAGGUUGUUUCGACAUCGGUUGCGUCAGGCGCAUCCGUCUAUGUGUCAAGUGCCAUAAAAGCCGUAGCAAUCUUUACACUUCGCAUUGCUACUCUGUGUCGAAGAAUUAUGGGCGACGAGUUUUUCCAAGUGGUUGUUUCCAUGAUACCUCGUCAAGUUUCUGUGAAAAUAGCUCAAUGA